UGCGCUCAGUUUAAGUGCAGGGACCGAGCGCAUGGAAGGUAGAGGGCAGAAGUGCGUGUUUCCUCUCCUCCCCUUUACCUCCGUUCAUCUUCUCUUGCAGAUGACAGGCUGAACGCUCAGUGGAAACAGCAGGAUGAGUGUGUACCUGUGUGUGUGUGCCGUGCUCCAUCGGAGAGCCUCAUUCAACAUGCUGUAACAUCAGGCAAACUGGCUCCACAAGAGAGAAAGAGACACACAAAGAGAGCGUGCGGACUAAAAUGACCACCAGGCGGUGAGAAAUGAGCGUGUGUUGACUUUCUUCAUGAGGGCUGAGAGAUGACCAUGAACGGCCGCUGGUCCUUCAACACCCUGGCCAUCAUCUUUAUCCUGCUGUCCACCGCAGCUCUCUCUGCGCACUUCAGGGUGUGUGAGCCUUACUCCGACCACAAGGGGCGCUAUCACUUUGGUUUCCACUGCCCUCGACUCUCGGACAACAAGACCUACAUAUUCUGCUGUCACCAUAACAACACGGCCUUCAAGUACUGCUGCAACGAAACUGAAUUUCAGAGCGUGAUGCAGCUCAACCUCACCACCAACUCAGACGGCUUUGCCCACAAUAACUACACCGCUCUCAUCGGCGUGUGGAUUUAUGGCUUUUUCGUCAUGGUCCUCCUGGCUUUGGACUUCUUGUACUACUCGGCUAUGAACUACGAGUUGUGCCGGGUCUACCUGGAGAAAUGGGGGCUGGGAGGACGGUGGCUCAAACAGGCCAGGAGUCAAUGGCACAACGCGGCUCAGGAGGGCGAACACAACAUGGGACCGGGCCUGAGUCAGCACCACCACGCGAGGCACAGUUUGAGAGGAGAAGCACAGAGCCCUACGCUCUUGACCUUCCAGACCUCAACAGCCUGACACCCAGUUGGAUCCCAAGGAUGCGCUUAGUACGACAAAGGAGGAACGUCCAGGAAAUGGAGAUUUGAAUUCAGAGACUCUUUUCCUGGUCCCAUCUACAUUUAGGACACGGACUGCGCCGGCUACCUCCUGCAGCUCUGCUGGAUGGCAUUUUCUCCACAUGAAGACGCUGAUGCUGAGACUGACAGCUGCAAAUGAGUUUCUCUGCCCAAUCAGAGGAGGCUUGUUCAGCUGGAUCUACUUUUCGACAGCUGUUGAAGGACUUUAAUGAGACUGUUGUCUUUGAUGCCCACUACCUUGCCUUGUCAUUUCGGGAAGUUAGGACUUAGAUGCAGGGAAUAGGACUUUUCGUAAAAGAUAGAGAAGAGGCCGUCGUGUCCAUAAAUCUCUACAAUAUAUAGAUCACGUUUGCACUGCUCUGAAGCCGUUGGUUGGCUUUUCUUGAAGUAGCGAAAAAGUUUUUUUUUAUUUUAAUUUGUCCUAAUAGGACCAUCCGCAUCAGUUAAAACUGCAGUGAAUGUAAAAUAUUAGUUGCGGUCACAAUUACCGUUGUUCUGCGAGUUUUUGCGGGCAAAAUCCAGACAUUUUAGGGCAAAAUAUUAUGAGGGAGAAAUAGUUUUACAUCAAAUGUUGACCAACGGGUUGGUUUGGAAGCGUAUAAAUGUAAACUACAACAGACAAAGGACCUUUGUUUCUUGCGGAAAUUUCUCUACCGCUUUGGAUUAAACGCGAUUUGGAAUUUUCUAAUUCUGUUUAGAAGACAUGACGUCGCCAUUUUAGAAUACUUUGUAACUACUGAGAUUUCAGCCAGGGGUAAUAAUCAUUUAUACAUAAAGCAAUAGACAAUAAAGAAGACGGUAAGAGCCUGAAACUUGACUCAAUGGAGUUUAGAUCUGGAAGUCAUUUCAUUGUAGAAAUACAGCAACAUAUAUAUAUAUAUAUAUAUAUAUUUUUUUUUAUCCCUAUUGAACUUGUGCACUGAGUCGAAGCCAACUAGACAUAGGUAAACGUAGCCACUGUUAGGCUGUGAGUAUUCACCUGCAAUAACACACAGCGUUGUGCUGAGUCGUGUUGUGUAUAGAGGAGAACUUGUUGUGCUCUUGUUUAUCUAUUUAAGGUGAAACUAAUAGUUUUUCCCCUCGUGGAGGGAAGAGAGAUGUGUUAUGUUUUGGAGUAAUAAGUUAUAAAUUGCCUUACGGUAAAUCUGUAGUACAUGCCUAGCACCUUGUUCUGUGAUAGUGGUUGGUACCUCAGUUGAAGUGUGAUAUGGCCGUCCACCUGUUAAACUUCUCUCUGUUUUUAUGACGGGGUCCGUGGGUGGGAUGGGGGGGGCAGCGGAGUUGUAAUUGCACUUGUUAACUUUUUACUGUUACAAUCUGGGAGAAAUAAAGAUUUAUCUUUUGCAGUGUU